CCACUACCACCCAAAAGAUAAAAUUAUGAAUCCAAUUCAUCUUCCAUAAAUUGGGGAAGCUGUGUUUCUUUCCUCUCAAUCAAUAAAUUCAGUUCAAUUCCAUCAAUCUUUUUUUGCAAAUGGAGAAGAUGACACUUCUUCACUACAUGGACACCAUUUUAGUCCCUUUCAGCUUUCUUAUUACAUUUGGUUACCAUACUUAUCUUUGGUACAAAUUCAAGACAAAGCCUUCUUGCACCACCAUCGGCGUUGAAUCGAUCAAGCGAAAACACUGGCUAAAGGACAUGAAACAGGGAGAUGAUAAUAAAGGUACGUUGGCAGUACAAAGUUUAAGAAACACCUUGAUGAGCUCGAUACUCGUUGCUAUGGUGUCAUCAGUCAUAACAAUCGCCUUGGCUGCUUUGAUAAACAACACUUAUAGUGCAAAAGAUCUAUUCACCAACUCAUUCUUUGGGUUACACACAACUAAAAUCCUUUUCUUAAAAUAUGGAUCCGCGUUUCUCUUUGUGUUAACUAGCUUCCUAUGUAGCUCUAUGGCCAUUGCAACUUUGAUUGAUGCAAACUACUUGAUUUAUGCUUUGGGAGCGGAACCAGAGACCGAAGGGGAAUCAUCACCAUCGCCAUCACCUUCAUCGUCUCGUAAAUACACUAGAGAUAUCUUGGAAAGAGGAUUCAUUUUAGCAAUUUUUGGGAACCGAAUGCUUUGCAUCACUUUCCCGUUGUUGUUUUGGUUGUUUAGUCCCGUCGUGUUCGUUAUAGCUUCAGUGGCGUUGGUCUGGGGUCUUUAUAUGCUUGAUUUUGUUAAUGUUGUUGGUUGCUACUAAUAACAAAACGAACUUUGUAAGCAUCAUUUAGUCAUCGGUACCGAGCUUUAUAUAUUUUCUUCAA